CAAAGCGGCACCCGGCUACACCAACAACUAACCCACAGAUAAAGGAGCGCGACGGAAGGAGAAGUCGCGGAAGCAGAAGCAGAAGCAAGAAGGAAAAGGAACGAGACGUCUCCGCCUCAACCGCCUCGCCAGCAUCCCCGAUGUGGUUCUAGAUUGAUGUCGCGAUGCCCAGGCCUUGAUCGGGUAGAGGUAGGCGUUGGGGGCGCCUUAAUACGGUCGUUGAAGACCCAGUAGAAGGGCGGCACGUAUGUGACGUCGGUGGGCCGAGGAGGCCGACGAUACGUCAGCGAUGAUGAAACCGGAAUCACCCGGUGCCGUCCUUAUGACCGUACGUGGAAGGCCUCAGCCUGAGAGCUGGCGGCAGCCCACACCGAUAUGUUAGCCUUCGGUUUGUAGAUGUAUAUACGGCCGGGGCUCCUGGACCGCUCAGUACAAUACAAAGAGAACGGGUAUGCAAAUACGGGAAAGAAUAAUGACCGAUCGGCGCGCGCGGUCAAUCAACAUGCGAAAGGGCUGACUGACAGCAGGAGAGAAAAAGAUAAGCGCUCGAUGCACGAGUUCCCGCACCCUGCUUCGUCCCAUGGAGUACCCUUCGGAUCAUUUAUACAACAUUCGACCCAAACCUUUCGACAUACCUUCCAUUCUUACCAGUGCUCCUCACAUUCUCGCAUCAUGUGUAUCGGAUUCUGGUCACUAGAUGACCCUAAUUACUGCCUGAUAUUGUGCGCUAAUAGGGACGAGUUCCUGGCCCGUCCAACACUGCCAGCGCGUUUCCACAAUUUCGGCGUAAGACUGGGACCAUCAGAUAAUGAUGUACAGAUUCCCUCAGUCUCUGGAGGCUUUAUUCUAUCAGGCAUCGAUUUAAAGGGCGGAGGGACGUGGUUAGGCAUCAAUAGGGCCGGUCAGAUUGGUUUCUUGACCAAUAUCAUCGAGCCUUUGGACGGGAAGAAGUUUGCUGUCUCCCGAGGAUCGUUCGCCCAGGAGUAUCUCUCCCAUCAUGACAGUACACCAUCACCUCUGCUCAGAUACCUUAGCGAGCACUAUGAUGGAGACACGACGCACCUUGAGAGUGCCGGUUUCAACUUCACCCUCUUCGCACCGAAACCGUCGAGAUCAUCGGGUUGGGAGUACGAGGCUGCUCUGCUAACCAAUCAUGGUGGCCAUGGUCGCUUGACAUACCGUCCCAUCUCUGCCGAUGAAUGCCACUGUGGCGGAAUAUCCAACGCCAUAGAUGGAAGCCCUGUGGAUGGCCUCGGUCAAACAGGACCGUGGCCGAAGACAGAUGUUGGUCGUGCACGAUUCGAAGGGAUACUCAAGGCUCGAAAAUCUUCAAGUUCAGACCUAACCGAUGAUGAGCAAGAAGUAGCUCUCAUAGAAGCCCUCAUGGAACUCAUGGGAUGGUCGCCGCCAUCUUUCCAUCCUUCUCAAGAUCAUCUUCGUGACUCCAUCUUCAUCCCUCCCUUCAAUAUUGUGCCUUGUGUUUCCACCCCAAUCAAUCCUGACGCUUCACCGGAACCGCCUUCAACGCAAACAAGCAAACUUUGCGGCACCCGUAUAACUACCGUAAUUUUGAUUCGGAGAGAUGGAAAGGUCUGCUUUGUGGAGAGAGAUAGAGCCACGCUGAAAGGAGAUGGAGGCCCCGGCGAUGUGACGGAGGUCUUCGGUUCGAGAGGAAAAUCGGAGACACAACGAUUGUACAGGUUUUCUCUUCAAUAGCGGGUUGCCGAGUGGACUAUAACUUCUUGCCCGAAAACGUUAUCAUCAACAAGGACUUCCAUCGAUGUCUUUUAACCAGGGUUGUAUAUUAAUCCAGGCUCGCAAAAUACCACCGGAAU